UUCUGCGGGUCUCGCCCCUUCCUCCGCCGUGAUUGGCCGGGCGGGCGGGGCGACGCCACAUCCGGGCAUUCGGGGCAGGCGCUGGGAGCGGCGGACCCGAGGGGGAACCGGCCCGCGGUUGGGGAGGCGCGGGGCGCGAGCUGCAGGGGGCAGGCACCAUGGCAGAGCCGCGGAAGGAAGAAGAGGAGGAGGCGGAGGAGCGGGACAAGCGGGAGCCGGCGCACCGGGCCACCGUAGCAGCCAAGAACUUGGCCAUCCUCAAGGCUCCCUCCCCCCACGUCCCGAGUACGAGGUCAUCGAGACCAUCGGCACCGGAGCUUACGGCGUGGUCAGCUCCGCCCGGCGCCGGUCCACAGGCCAGCAGGUGGCAAUCAAGAAGAUCCCCAACGCCUUCGAUGUGGUGAUGAACGCCAAGCGGACCCUCCGCGAGCUUAAGAUCCUCAAACACUUCAAGCACGACAACAUCAUCGCCAUCAAAGACAUCCUGAAACCCGCGGUGCCUUAUGAUGACUUCAGAUCCGUGUACGUGGUGCUAGACCUGAUGGAGAGCGACCUUCACCAGAUUAUCCACUCCUCCCAGCCCCUCACGCUGGAACAUGUCCGAUACUUCCUCUACCAGCUGCUCCGGGGUCUCAAGUACAUCCACUCGGCCAACGUCAUCCACCGCGACCUGAAGCCCAGCAACCUGCUCAUCAACGAGAACUGCGAGCUGAAGAUCGGGGAUUUCGGCAUGGCCCGGGGGCUGUGCACCAAGCCGGACGAGUACAAAUACUUCAUGACCGAGUACGUGGCCACGCGGUGGUACCGGGCCCCGGAACUCAUGCUCUCCCUGCAUGAAUACACGCAGGCCAUUGACAUGUGGUCCGUCGGCUGCAUCUUUGCCGAGAUGCUGGGCCGCAAGCAGCUCUUCCCCGGGAAGAAUUACAUCCACCAGCUGCAGCUGAUCAUGACGGUGCUGGGCACGCCCUCCGCCAAGGUGAUCCACGCCAUCGGGGCUGACCGGGUACGUGCCUACAUCCAGAGCUUGCCCUCCCGCCAGCCGGUGCCCUGGGAGACCCUCUACCAGCAGGCCGACCGCUCGGCCUUGGCGCUGCUGGCCAAGAUGCUGCGCUUCGACCCCCGCGAGCGGAUCACCGUGGCCGAGGCCCUCAAGCACCCCUUUGUGGCCAAGUACCACGACCCGGACGACGAGCCCGACUGCGUGCCCGCCUUCGAUUUCGACUUCGACAAGCAGGUCCUCACCAAAGAGCGAAUCAAGGAGGCCAUUGUGGCCGAGAUCCAUGACUUCCAUGAGCGCCGCGAAGGGAUCCGCCGGCAGAUCAGCUUCAAACCCGCCCUCCGGCCGGCCGAUGCCGCCCCGCCUGCUGCUGCCCCCUUGCGCUGCCAGGACGUGGACAUGCCCAGCGCCGGAUCCACCGGGGGAGACUAUGCCAUGGAGUCGCCAGCCCCCGUGGAAGUCCCUUACCCUCCGGAGACCAUAGACCUGACCUCGCCUGGGGCUCCCCCCAACCUCGAGGGGCCGGCCGAGGUAAAGGCUGAGCCGGAAGCCUUGCCACCGAAGAGGGAGGGGGCCAUCUCGGACGACACCAAGGCGGCGCUCAAGGCCGCGCUGCUGAAGUCGGCGCUGCGCAAUAAGAACAAAGACACCCUGAGCUCCGUCCCUGAGCCCCUGGACAUGAGGAAGCCGGUGACGGCCCAGGAGCGGCAGCGGGAGCGGGAGGAGAAGCGCAAGCGGCGGCAGGAGCGGGCCAAGGAGCGGGAGAAGAAGCAGAAGGAGAAGGAGCGCAAGGAGCUGCGGCGCGGUGACGUGCUGGGCGGGUUGGUGCUGAGCGAGAACGACCGCAGCCUCCUGGAGAGAUGGACCAAGAUGAUUGACCGGAAUCAUCAGAAACUGGCUCUCAAUGGGCCCAUGGAUCACGCGACGUCGGAUUUCUUGAGUUUCCCUGAGAAGGCGCCAGCCGGCGGUGGCGCUAAACUCACUGUGCUGCCUAUGACUGCAGACCCAGCCAGUGGCCCAGCUCCCAACAUGGUGCAGUACUUCCCGGCCCCGCCCGGCCCCUUCCCUCCAGUUCUCGUGGCCUCCACGGCUUGCCACAAAGCUUUGUCGAAACCUGAGUGCCUUCUGAGCGUCAAAUACGCCCCGGGCCAGAUCUUCCAGGCCCCCUUCGGCUUGGCGUGGCCUGGGGCCCAGGGCCCAGAGAACUGGCCCAUGGCCGGGAGGCUGGCACCCGGGGAAGGCCCGACGGCCCCUAACGGGGCACAGCCGCAAGAGGGGCCGUCGAGCCGCGCCCUGGAGGGCGUGGGGUUGGACCCGGCCGUCUUCCUGCAGGAGAUGGGGAAGAGGACCCCGGAGCCAGCGGUAGGAGGCGUCAAAGGGCCCAACCAGCACCCGGUCGCCACAGCCCCGUUGCCGGACACUGUCCCCACGGAGUCACCGGACAUCACCAUGGUUACGCAGCAGCUCUCCAAGUCGCAGGUGGAGGAUCUCCUGCCGCCCGUCUUCUCGGUGACCCCCAAGGGCAGUGGAGCGGGCUACGGCGUGGGGUUCGAUUUGGAGGAAUUCCUCAAUCAGUCCUUUGACAUGGCGGCGGAGAACAGGGACAGCCAGGGCGAUUCAGCCCCUCUCUCUGCCUCCCUGCUGGCUGACUGGCUGGAGGGGCCCCGGGGGAACUGCAGCUGGGCUCUCCCAUGA